ACUUCUCUGAAACAGCAAGAAAAAGCUCUGUUUUUUAACGGCCGGUUACUAUCACCGAUCACCGGCAGCUUCCGUUACCGCCGGUGGAAUUAGAAAAGUUUUCAGCUUUAACUCCUCCGCUUUAAAGGAAUUCCAUUUAAUGGAGAAUCAAGGGUCUUUUAUGUCAAACCAGCAGCAUCAGCAACACAAUUUCUCAGCUGAAGUUUCAGGUGAAGAUGAAUUGUGCCAAGAGUUAUGGAGAUUGUGUGCAGGUCCAUUAGUUGAUGUUCCAAAAAAUGAAGAAAGGGUUUACUAUUUCCCACAAGGUCAUAUGGAACAAUUGGAGGCAUCAACAAAUCAGGAGCUGAAUCAGAGCAUACCAUUGUUCAAUCUGCAACCAAAGAUCCUUUGUCGCGUUCUUCACAUUCAACUUCUGGCUGAGCAAGACACUGAUGAGGUUUAUGCGCAGAUUGCUUUGUUGCCCGAAGCAGAUCAAGUUGAGCCGACUAGUCCUGAUCCGUCCCUGCCCGAGCCUCCGAGGCCCAAAGUUCAUUUCUUCUGCAAGGUUCUAACUGCGUCUGAUACGAGCACUCACGGUGGAUUUUCCAUUCUCAGAAAACAUGCUAACGAAUGCCUGCCUCCCCUGGACAUGACCCAAGCGACUCCAGCACAGGAAUUGGUAGCCAAGGACCUUCAUGGCUUCGAGUGGCAUUUUAAACAUAUAUUUAGAGGCCAACCCCGGAGGCAUUUACUUACCACAGGGUGGAGUACCUUUGUUUCCUCGAAGAGAUUAGUUACGGGGGAUUCUUUUGUAUUCUUGAGGAGUGGAAAAGGUGAAGUCCGAAUAGGAAUUAGACGACUUGCUCGCCAACCGAGCUCAAUGCCACAAUCAGUGAUUUCAAGUCAGAGCAUGCACCUAGGAGUGUUAGCUACUGCAUCUCAUGCUGUGACGACCCAGACUAUGUUUGUCGUUUAUUACAAACCGAGAACAAGUCAGUUUAUCAUAGGUCUAAACAAAUAUCUCGAGGCUGUUAAGCAUCAGUAUUCAGUUGGCAUGAGAUUCAAGAUGAAUUUUGAAGGGGAAGAGAUUCCUGAGAAAAGAUUUACAGGUACCAUAGUAGGAGUUGAAGAUAGUUCCUCACAGUGGAAAGAUUCAAAAUGGCGAUCAUUGAAGGUUCAAUGGGAUGAGCCUGCGUCUGUUCCAAGACCUGACAGAGUUUCUCCUUGGGACAUCGAACCAUUUGUGGCAUCAGUCGCUACUCCUCUCGUUCCACCAAUGGGGGUGAAGAAUAAAAGGCAUCGAGCACAUAACGAACCCAAAGUUUCAGAACCUGUUCCCGCUGCUGCACUAGCCGCUUGGAUUCCUUCAGCACAAUUUAACCCCGUUAUUGAAGGACAAAGUAGUGAUAAUCCAUUUUCCUUGCAUACUUCACAAACAAAUUCAACUGCCACAAACAGUACUUUUAAGGCUCGUGUCGAUGGAAUUUGGUCAGCUUCUAAAGUAAACGCUUCUUUGAAUAUGCUUUUGGAUGAGACAGAAGCCAGUAAAAGUGCUUCACCUCGGCCUGCUUUUCCAAGCUUUGCGUCCUCACAAUUCGGAAAGCAGAACGAUCUCCUGCUUCCUAGUCUAGACGAUGAGAGAAAAUGUGAUACAAUUACAUCCUGUAGAUUGUUUGGUAUUGACUUGAAAUGUCCCUCAUUUGGUUCUGUUAAUGAGAAUCCGCCUCUAGAACCAGCCAACAAUUCCGAUGGCUCUGCUGAAGGGUGCUCUGGAAACUUGACUUCUGCUGGUGAUUCAGAAGACAACUCUGGCCUUUCAAGAGAUUCUGAAGAUCAGAAGCAAGAGCAGCUGAAUCCUCCACCAAAGGAGGUUCACAUCAAGCAGGUUUCUUCCACCAGAACUCGCACCAAGGUUCAAAUGCAAGGGGUGGCUGUGGGACGUGCUGUGGAUUUAACAAAACUAUAUGGAUACGAUGAGCUCCGAAGAGAACUCGAAGAGAUGUUCGAUAUCCAGGAAGAGCUCCACGCACGAAAUAAAUGGGAGAUCGUUUUUACAGAUGAUGAAGGUGACAUGAUGCUUAUGGGCGAUUAUCCUUGGUCAGAGUUCUGCAACAUCGCGAAGAGGAUCUUCAUUUGUUCUAGUCAAGACAUAAAAAGUUUCAGUGCAGGAACCAAAUCGCCGUCUUGUUUAGAAAGUGAGACAACUGCUUCAACAUGAAAAUUUGGAAGAGAUCAAAGGUUGCAACUUGCCUUUCUAAGUUAUAUCCUUUGUACUAAAAUCCCUCAUACAUCUGUCAGGAGCGAAGACUCCAUGUCAUCCUUGAUCGCGUUUUCCCAAUUGUGAGCUUCAUUUCUUAAAAAGUUUCGGCCUUGUUGACUUACAACAGGUAUCUGCAAUCUUAAUAAUAACGCGUAGAGGAUGAGACUAUGUCGUCUUGUUGAAUAAGCUUGAUAACAAGCAAAUAGUUGAAUCUUUUUUCAUCAUUUAGUUGAGUUAUUAGUAUUAGAAGCUUGUGUAUAUGUAACUUUAUGAUUCUGGUGGAAGUUUGAUUGUUGUAUCUCUAUAGUUGUACUUACUCAUUGUUGCAACAUGAAAAACUUACUCACACCGAGUGUUUAUGUAAAAUCAAUAAGUAUAUGAGACGUAUAUUCUAUAUA